AUGCAGCGAGACGUGAUCAAGUGGGUGCAGUCUCUCGACCUCUCUGCGCCGAUUCAAAACCCAAAGCGUGACUUGGCCACAGGCCACCUUGCGGCGGAGAUCGUGGCGCGCUAUAGCGGCACCAAGUACCUAGACCUCCACCGACUUCCCAACGGCGCCGCGGCGGCCACGAAGCGCGAUGUGUGGUCACAGGUGUACCGCGCGCUGCAGCAACUCAGCUGCACGACUGUAACGCAGCCGCUGAUUGAUGCGGUGCUGCAACGGGAGCCGAACGCAGCACUCACAGUUCUCGAGCACCUAUACGAACACUUUACUGGCCAGAUGCUGUCGAUGCGCGGCUUAGAUGCUGUGGGGACAACUGAAGACGCGUAUGUGCAGCCUGGAAAUGCCACCCGCACGGCGAGGCUGCUGAAGGUGACAUGUAGGAAUCCGAACAGCUUCAGCAUCGGCGCUAAGGGGGAGUCCUCCAACGCAAAGGCGUUGCUAUUCGAUCCUAUCCUCAGUACUUCACCGCUGGCCAGGGCUAAUCGCGGUUGUUCGCCGACGAACGUGAUAUACUCAGCCCACGACACGGCGGCAGACGGGUUUGACACCGAGACUGCUGCUGGCAAUGACUCGACACGAGCCCUGCAGCACAGACUGGCCCUUAUCGACAACAGCGAGCUCGCCGGUGGGGCGAAUGCGCUGCAGGCGUACCCGCAUUACGCCAGACCAACCGCCAGCACUCUCGUCCAUACCGCCAGCGGCAGCCGCAAGGACGUCGUGUUGGACAGGCCCAAGUACACGGCGGACGAGGCUCUCCAGCGACAGCAGAACACCCGUAUUGUUCAACAGCACACCGUGGUGCAGCGGCUGCAAGGGGAGACCCACGGAGAGGCUUUGGCGAGCCCAUUACGCACGCAAGCAGACACCACAGCAUGGGCGACAGAUGCGUCCUUGUCGCCUCCGUCGCCGCUGCACAAUGAGGCCGCGUUGUACGCAGGCAAAGGCGCCACUGCCACGGCGUCUCUUACGGCGCUGUACCGCGGCCGCUUCUACCGACAACCCGAUGCACCGACAACGACAAGAACCCCCAAGGCGUCCACCCUUUCCCGAAAGGCGAAAAAUGACAAGCGGGAGGAGGCAGGUGCCAGGCGCCAGCGCGGCGCCGUAGCGGCAUCGUCUGCGGAUCACAUCACCAUUCUUGAAGACACGGUGGACCACAAUGGGGCUGCAGCUCCUGGCAACCCGCUCUCCACGCCCGAGUACCUUGGCAGUGUCAGCAGUGGUGGCGGCACGGAUGGACCUCGCGUCGUGCCUAAGCUGCCCGUGAGGGUUUAUUCAGACUCCCUCCAAACUGCCCUGGCGCGACGCUGCAGUCAAGCAAACCUACAAGAGCGCGCCACAGCUUUGUCGCGUGAGCACUUUGCCAAGCACAACUACGCCAUACGUCCUGCCCUUAGCGACAUCCUCGCGGAUGUGCUAGCCGCGCACAAGCAGCUGCAGCGGCUCUUCGAUUGCUGUGUUGAAGAUGGCAACAGCGAGGUGCUCGACAACGUUCUGGGGCAUCUACUUGCCCACCGAGACGAAUUCCCUCCCGCAUGCAUACAGGCCUGCUGGCAAGCACUCGGGCAACACGUUGACGGCCUCGUGGCCUUACUCCAGAGGAACCCCGAUGAGUACGGUUAUCUUAUGGAGUCCUUGACAUUUGCGUUCAGUCGUGAGGCGGCCCAGGUCCCGCUUCUUCACAUAUCGCAAGCUGUCAUUGUGUCUGGAGACGUGGAUGAUGCUGAGCAAGAGAAAAUUGCCGCAACAACGGACGCGUCACUGCUGGUGCUAUCCCUCCCACCGACGCGGCGCAGCACUGCAAUCUCGAGUGGGGGCGGCGUUGGUGUUGGGUGCGCUGCCGCUGCCGCUGCCUCGACCGCCCGAUGCCGCUCUCCACUCCGUGGAACAGCGUCGGCGGCUGAAGGCGACCUCGUCAGCCCACGACAACGACAGAGCCUCAGUGAAGCACUCCUCACGGCGACACACCGCGCGGCAUCUGCGGCGGGCGGGUCCUUCCAUGUCCCUCCCGUGGCGCCGUUGUCGUCGUCACGCCAGAUGGCCAUCAUCGACACCCGCGACGGCUUGUCGGUCGCUUGCGCCUUCAGCUUUCUCUACCGCCUCGCGCGCCAGCUCGACGUGCGGACUGCGGCCUACGUACUGGAGCGGUACAUGUUGCGCAGCGCCAAGCCGUUUCUUCUGCGUCACGGCACCGUGGCCGUCCGCGAGGCCGUUGCUCGCAUUGUGAGUGCGACGUUUGUGCCGGCGCCACCAAAGGACGCCGCUACUGCCGAAGUCGUCGACAGCGAGGCGGCGGCGAUUGCGGCGGCGGAGUCUGAGGAGGCCUUUGCCCAGUUCCUCACAGGUACGUUGGCACAUACCCUGCUGGUGUCCUCGCCGACCGCAUGGAACGAUAACUGCGGUACGGCAUCCACGUCAUCCGGUGACGUCCUCCAGAACAGCCCGGCAAAGUGCGACGUACAUCGCACACACCCGUUGCAGCUACGCGUGCAGCGUACGUACUGGCUCGUCGUUCUUCACGCUGUUGCCGACUACCCCUACGCCACUGAUAAUGGAAGGGCUGCGCACUCCGACGCUAAUGGGCCGCUCGCCACUUGUGUGCGGAAAGGGGCAAUGUCGUGCUUGUUGUGUACCGAUGCAGACCUUCUCACCAUUGGUGUGGGCCUCACAGUAGAGUACAGCGAACGAUGGCUACCCCGCGAUAUGGCGCCACGUGGCUUGACCUUUGACAACGCCGUGACAUACGCGCGCGACCUAUUGUCCCAUGUGCUUCCCCCUCUCGGCAGCGCAGGGAACCAGCUCUCGGCCCCAUGGUGGGACACGCAGACGACGAACAUGUGGGAGUGUCGGUUGAUGGUUCUGCGACUGUGCAACGCUCUUCUCGCCCACCCACUCUUUGCUGCUGCAGGGGAGCCCUCCAAGGCCAGCACCGAAGGCAGCAGCGAUGAUGACAGUGCGGUGCCUCGCAGCUGGCGUACCAUCGUCGACACCGCUGCUGCUAAGUGCCUCUGGACGUUUGCCAAGACCCCGUCAUGGCAGUUGCAGUUGGCACUGGGUGUGACGGCCAAAUCAGUCGACCAGACCUUGACGCCUGCCCUGACCAACACGUGGCGCCAACUGCUCCUCGGUAUUCCAGCAGCCUCAUUACUGACGCAGCUACUUCCGUAUGAUGAAUCACCAGUGCGCCUGCGGAUCCUGCGCCCACUACAGUUAGCGGAGGGUAUCAAGUACGAGGCGGAGAACGACGGGCGCAAGGCUCCACAGUCGAGCGCUCGUCAACAGCUGACGCUGAUAUCGUCCACUAAGAACAAUCGCGCAGUUCCGUUGCAGAGCGCCACUUCAGCGCUCGCCGGGGAGCCGGAAUCCUGGACGUUGGCGCCGGCGAUGGACAACGGGGACAACUCGCGCGACCUCGGCACCCGUGCCACCGCUGAGUCGGCGCUGCACCUCGUGUGGGGCCGCGUCCUAUCCGCCUAUGCGGUGUUGCCUCUUAACCAGACAUGGAAUGCUCAGGGUGUGGUGGAUGCGGUACUGCCACCGCUGCCUGUCAGUGGCGGUACCGCUCCCACGUCGUCACCUCCAGCAGCACUUGCCACGGCGCCAGCCCUUCCACUACUCGUCAUGGCGGCCGCGUUGCUCAGCCCACCCACUACCGUGACAACGACAGCGCCUGCUGCAGUGUCGAUGGACUCGCCGCUUGGGCUCUCGACAUCUUUUGUCGAUGAUGUACCGGUGGACAUCGACGAGCCAAAUGGAGCCUUCUGGCUCGAGGCGCUCCGUCGUGCCUGGCCGCUGUUUCAGGCUUGUGGUGCGUCGCAGGUCUCCAUGAAGCAGCGAGCGCCAAGAAACGUCACCGAGGAGACGUCACCGCAAAGUGGUGAUGACGAGGAGAUGGCAGCCUUAUCAACGGGCUCGACUACCGUGGGUAGUGCUGGCCUUGGAGUGCACCUGGAGGACUUGAGGACCGUCGUACUCUCUCUUUUCCUCCGCUUUGCAGACGACGCUGCCGUUGCCUCGGCAAUGGCCGCAGCGGCCGGGAACGGGGCCGAGCUAUGCGGGUGUGCCAUUCGCUGGGCGGAGGAGCUGUGCAGCGACGCGCCCACAGCGGUGGAGCAACCACAGUAA